CGUACGUCCGCCAUCUUGUUGAUGAAAGCAGAAACUUAUCCGAAUAUUUACUUUAGAUAAUCAAAGGAAUCUGAAGCCAAACACCUUAUUAAUUCAUUAAACAUAUCAAGAAGAAACGACAGAUCAUCACCAUGGCGACGCAGAUCCCAACAAAAAUUGUGCUCAAAAGCACAACAAAAAUAUCUCUAAACGAUCGAUUCUCAAGCAUAGCGAAGUCGCCACCCGUCCAACAGCCGCAGACUGUACGAGCCAAGAUGGCGGCCGCGCAAUCGGCGUCGGCGAAGAAUAGGCGAUUGGCGCAGCAGAUGGCAAACCGGCCGUCGGUACAGCAGGCGCUCAGUGCAAAGUUGAAAAAAAAAAGUAUCCAGCAGCGUCUCGGUGGAUCUACCCAAGGGAUCAACAACCAGGGACAAGUCAGCGUCAAACAGAGGCUAAGUCUACCCCCGCACCUGCAGCGGGGCCGAGGAGGGCGCGGGCGAGGACAGGCUCGGGGGACCCUGACGCAGCGACUGGGUACACCAAGGGGACGAGGUCAGAUUAGAGGAGGUCUACGGGGACGAGGUGGAGUUGCAAUUACUAGAGGACGGGGACAAGGUUUCCGAGGAACUUUUGCCCCAAACCGUGGAGUGAGCAAUUAUGACAACCGGCAUAAAUACUGGGGCAACCGUGGAUGGUCUGGUUAUGACAAUAGAGGGCGUGGUUCGUGGGGGAAUCGCCAGCGAUUCGGGAAUAGUCGUUCCUUCGAUGAGAGGUCCGCCACCAGGGGUCGUCGUGGUGGAUUCCGAGGUCGAUUCAAUGUUCGCGGGCGUGGCGAACUGAGAGGAGCGCCACGAGGGCGGGGACGAGGUCAGCGGGGCGCCCAAGCACCACGCGGACGAGGAUUCCAACGCGGCGGUCGGCGGGGCGGCCGAGGUGGACGCGGGGGACAGCAGAAGAACGCCGACCAGCUGAAUAGUGAAUUGGACGUUUACAUGUCGCAGACAAGGGCUCAUUUAGACGCGGAGUUGGACGCUUACAUGGCCGAGGCUAAUUAGGGGAACAUCUGCUGUGAACUGCACAAUUUUCGCCUCUUUAUUGUUGCGAUUGGCAAAUCUUUCUGAAAAAGAAGUAAUUUUCAAAAUUUUUGUUUGGUGGAUUACGUAAUUAUUACUUCAGUUUUCAAAUUAAUGUAAAAACGUUUUUCACAAUUUCGAAAUUUCGCAAAUCUGGGUCAGUCGCAAAUCUGCAAAAUAAGAAGCCGGCGAAAAUUUUGUAGUUUUCACAGUAUAAGGUUUGUCCCACACUAAGUUUUCGGCAGUAUUUUUCAACAAUGUAAUUAAUUUCACAGCCGAACGAGGCAGCUAACAAAAUAUUUUACACUGAUACAUCACAGACCAUGGAACAUUUAGAUAGAGAGUUGAGCAAGUUGACAAGAUUAUUGAGUAGGCCACCAAUCAAGGCCAGUUUCAUGGAAUGAUCUGAAUGAACUUUUCUUGCACUGAUCGGAAUUUCAGAUUUUUCAUGUCGAUGGCAUCAUGUGGAUGUGAAUAAUGGUCCAUUGUCUGAAAAAUACUGCCGGAAAAUUGUUGAGGGAUAGCAUUGCAUCUUUGUGUUCGGAAUUGCGGUCGUUUUCUCCCAGUCACACAUUUGUUCUGCCCCUGAUAUGACAAAAUAAGAGGAAUUUUGGACAUUGUUCAAAUAGAAUUACAAAUUUCAAAUUUUUGACGAACGACGAAGGCCUUUAAUGUCUAUUUGGGUUACAGUUACGGUCUCUUGCCAGCUCUUGCAGAAAGCUGUCCGGGGGGGGGGUUGCUACUAGACUGGGGGUCACAGUAUUUUGGGUCUUCUUUUUAGCAGAUGGGCCUAUUGUCUGUAAAGAUUACUCUUAUUCUGACUAUCGGAAGGUCGGUGGAGGUGGAAGUUAUACCCUUAAAUAUCCCAGCCAAGUUGUCCUAGCCAAUCAGCUUUGGUUUAUUUUGAUAUCCAAACUUCAUAAAAAAAUGGCUGAAUACUUACUUCAUCUUGCCCGUUUAAACGUGGUCCUCAUUGUAAACACAACAUACAUCAUCGUCAUUCUCACUUGGCUGGGGUAUUUUCGGUCGUCCCUGAUAUUAAAGGGGAUUGUAGAAAUGUUUUAACUACGUAUUUAUUUUAUCGUAUGCUGCUAGAUUAGUGGGGAAUUUAUUGUUCCCUGUCGUACUCCUCGGAAGACAGAAAAAUAUUUUACGAUCGGUUAAUUUUUUGAUUUGAAGAUGAUGCGUUUGAAAUUUGCACACUUCAAAUGGGAACUCUUGAACUGCAGUAGAACCUCUCUAUUAAGGACAUCCUCUGGACUGACAAGUGUAGCAGUUGUCCUUAAUAGAGAGGUGUCCUGAUUAGAGGGAGGCGGGAAGGGGAACCCUUGUCUUAUAAAACUGACAAGCAUUUCGGGGACAUGUCUUAAACUUUUCUUUCCUCUAUGUAUGUAGAUGGUGGGAAUUUCUCAGCUAUCCUAGUUUUCUUUGGCUCGGAUGAUCAGAAAUAAUUCUGAAAUUUAUGGUCUUAUGCAUGAUAGGGGAGAAUUCUUUUAUGUACAUGUACUUCAUAAAUCUCGAUUGUUUCUGAAGUGAGACCGGUACUGAUUUGUGUGAAGGUCCUGACUAUUUCAAGGCAGAAAAAGGCAACUUUUACCUGUUCUGAGUAGAAGGGUUCACUUUGAAGGUCUUGUGACCAGCAGCUAUAUUGGUGCAAAUUCAAGUCGCGUAACUUCGAAUACUGGUGUGACGUAUCGCUGGUCAUUACCUUUACUCCAAUGAAGAAUAUCGCUUUGGCUUCAAUGGUGAUUUAUGGUUCGAUUAAAUGCCAAUUAAAAAGUUUCAUCGCAAGGGAGACGUGUCCAUUUUUUGCUAUUUUGAGAAAAAUGGCGUCAAUAUUUGGCAUUAAACUAAAAAAAGCAUUGGAAAACCGUUGACAUAUUUGAUUAUAAAUGUUUUGCUGUUCGCCCGAAUGCUCUACAAAUUGGAUGACGGAUGAGUUGUUCUGUGGGCAAUGCCAAGGUAUAGAGAAUUCCAAAAUGUUGGCCUUGAUGCACAUCUCAUUUUGCGAUGAAACUCUUCAGUUUCUUGUUUCAUUUGUCUGUUAUAGUCAAACUUGAGCUUUGUAAACCAUGUUGUAAAUGAAAGGGGGGGGGGCUGUUAGAUGUUUCAAGUCCUCUGGGUGUUCAAACUAAACUUCUUGUCCGUAUUGAAAUCCAGUACUUAUAUGUAUAGCAUGUUAUGAACCUUUGAAUAAAACCAUUUUGUACAACUUUA